AUGGCGGACCAGCCUUCUCACGCGGGGCAGGAUCCUCCACCAAAUGAGUCUGCUAUUUCUUCGCCACGAACCAGCACCGAUUCUCGAUCAUCUAAUCCCAAUACUACGCGACAGCAACCAACUCCAAUCCGUCUUUCUCACAUCUCACCAUCUCCCACUACUUCGCAUCGACAGAGUUUCGGCGAAAGUCUUCGAAGCACCCCACAAUCCCCGCGCAGCCGUCGACAGCCGUCCUUGACUCAAGCUGCCAUUCAAGGCUUGAUCGAUAACCCGCCGGCGCGUAAUCCUGCAGAUCCCAAGUUCUUGGGUCGAGAUUGGCGAGAUAUUUCGAUUGGAGAACUUAUUAAGCCGACAGAUCUGCGUUUUGUAGAAGUGGAUACGGGGAUUGAAGAGGCUACCAAUACAUUGAUCGAUAAUGAUACUACCGUUCUACUCGUUCGCGAGACCGCCAACGACAAAUGCCCCGUUGGGACGUUCGGAUACAAUGACUUGAAUGCGUAUCUGUUGUUGGUGGUCGGAUUGGCGAAACCCACCGAAUCGCAACUCACAUCUUUCCAGGAAGUUGCCCAAAAGGCCCGGGAAGGAAGUAAGAUACCUCUUAGGGAUAUUAGAGAUCUUGUUCCGAGAGAACCAUUGACCACACUGCCUCACACGGCCAAUUUGAUGAAAGCUGUGGAAACAUUCGGUGGUGGAGUGCAUCGAAUCGUUGUCCUGAAAGAAGGGACCAACGAAGCUGUUGGGAUUAUGAGUCAAUCCAGACUGGUCAAGUUUCUGUGGGAGAAUGGGCGCAGUUUUCCGAUCAUUGACCAGCUGUAUCCGCAACCACUCAAAGAUUUGCGAUUAGGGUCUCAGCAAGUGGUCAGUAUCAACGGAGAUAAACCACUGUAUCAUGCUUUGCAACUCAUGAACGAUGAAGGGAUUUCUUCGUUAGCUGUGGUGGACAAUCAUGCCAACGUUGUUGGUAACAUUUCUACUGUUGACGUCAAACUGUUGACGAAGUCAACCUCUCUCCCUCUUUUACAUAACACAUGCAUUCACUUCAUUUCUGUCAUUCUUUCAACUCGCGGGCUGGUAGAAGGCAAGGACUCUUUCCCGGUGUUUUAUGUGACCCCAACUUCAACGUUGGCUCACACUGUGGCUAAAAUGGUUGCUACCAAAUCUCAUCGUCUAUGGAUGACCGACCCUCAAUCGCCAUCAUCUUCUGGACCGCCAACGCCAGCCUUGUCCGCUUCCCAUUUUUCACCCAAUCCCCCAACAGUAAACAAUCCGCCAAAUCCGCCUUCUAGCAGUGCCGGUGGGCCACCGCCUCCCAAUUAUACCUAUCCCCAUCACCCGAUUCCGCCACAGGCAUAUCCAUCUUCAUCCCCAGGACUAGCACCAUCACCAGCAAUACCAGCGUCAGCACUACCAGGCGCAAGACUCUCUGGCCGAUUAGUUGGAGUCGUCAGUCUAACAGACAUUUUAUUCUGUUACGCUACAAUCAGCGGCUUGAGCCCCGACGAUCCCGCCGUGACACGCAAUCGUCGUCGACGAAGCAGUAGUUCCAGUCUGAGUACGCGUAAGAGUGGAGAUGUGGCUCGCGAACUGUUUCGGGGAGGAUCUUCUACAUCUGCAGACCGGGGUAUAUGACAAAUGAUUAAUACGGCCGUGCUAUCAUUAAAUUUUUUUUUUUAAUCCAAAAUGGCGCUCUUACCGAGCACCCCUCGUUUGAUUUUGGUAGACUAGUCAUGCAAACCAGAGAUACAUGGACGUAUCUUGAUGGUACCGAGUCAUGAGGAUAUCAGA